UCCGCGCUCUCGUGCACGCAGGGAGCGUGCUCAAGUGCCAGUGGUUUCCGUUUUGUUUCCUGAUUAUUGCUAGUGCUCGGCGAGGCGGGGGUUUUCUGCGCAGCGCUCUGGAGAAACGUGGAAUUUGGCUGUACGGCGCAUUGAACCUUCAGCCCGGGGAACGGUGACAGCUUUUCAUACAUCUGCUAACCUUGUAAUCAAGAGCGGCCUGCUGUGUAGCAAUGGAAGCUGAACAGAAUCAGGAAGUUCCAGACGCUGUUGCUGAGACACAGGAAGUGGCAGUGCAGCAAGAGGAGAAACCGGACCCUAAGUCUGAAGAGGAGGCUCAGGCUCCUCCAGAAGCAGCCCCUGAACAGAAGAAGACCCCAGAGAUGGAGCAUUCUGCUGGGGAAUUGCCAGAAAAGGAGACAGCAACAGAAUCCGAAGCACCUCCUGCCAAACUGUCUGAACCCGAGGUAACUCCGGCAAAAUCUCCUGAGGAAGCCCCAGCUGCCGAGUCUUCGGAGAAACCCCCUCAGCCGGAACAGCCGAAGAAAUCCGAGGAGCCACAGGUUCAAGUGAAUUCUGAACCCGAGAAGCAGGAGGAAGAAGCUGUGAAAGAGGUGGAGCCUAAGAAAGAGGAGCCUGUCAAAGAGGUGGAGUCCACCAAAGAUGCAGAGUCCAAACCCACUGCUGUGAAUGAAGCCAAGACACAAGAAUCUGACAAAGGUGAGGAGGCUAAAACAGAAGGAGGAGAGGAGAAGGUACAACAACCGGAGGCUGAUGGGGUUCAAGCUGAGCUUCCAAAAGAGGCUGAGACCCAGCAGAAAGAGCCAGAGCUACCUUUCUUCUUUGGCUGGUUCCUGCUUCCAGAGGAAGAGGAGCGAAUUAAGUGUGCAACCAUGGACUUUCUCAAGACUCUGGACACUUUGGAGGCCUUCAAAGAGCACAUCAGUGAAUUUACUGGUGAGGCAGAGAAAGAGGUGGAUCUUGAGCAGUACUUCCAGAAUGCACUGCCCCUCCACUGCACCACAAAGUUCUGUGACUAUGGCAAAGCAGAGGGGGCAAAAGAGUAUGCAGAGCUGCAGGUGGUCAAGGAAUCGCUUAGUAAGUCUGAUGAGCUUUCAGUCACCGCUCUCAUAGUGACCCCUCGUACGUUUGGGGCCCGUGUGGAAUUGACAGAAACCCAGAUGAAGCUGUGGCCCGAGGGAGCGGACAAGGAAGGCGUUUCUCCGGCCCUCUUGCCCAGCAUCGAGUCUCUCCCGGCGGGUAGCCGCGCCCACGUCACAUUAGGCUGCUCGGCAGGCGUGGAGUCGGUUCAGACCGGUUUGGAUCUGCUGGAGAUCCUGGCUCUGCAGAAGGAGGGCAAAGAGGGCACCCAGGUCGAGAUGGAGUUGGGUACUUUGUCCUACCUGAGCGAGGGCCGUUGGUUCCUUGCCCUGAGGGAACCGAUCACCGCAGACACCACCUUCUCUAGCUUCUCCGACGACAAGCCUACUAAUGACCAGGGCAAAAAGGAUGGAGAGAAGAAAAAGAAAAAGUGUACCAUCCUGUGAGUGGAAAGCAAGCAAGGAAGAGAAGAGAGGGGGGAAGAAGACAUUUUUUCCUAAGGGCUCCGGCCCUCGGUUGGCUGAGGAUGAUGUUGUGUUUUUGCAUGUGUGUAGGUGGAUUGAGUGUAUGUUUCGCAGCUUUAGUGUGCGCACAGGGAUGGCUUGGGAUGAAUUGGCAGGCAGUGUGUGACCAGACGCUCCAAAGCGGCCUGCUGGCUCCCAGCUUUCUCUUAGCUGGUGCCUUUUUUCCUUUUGCCUGGCAACACAAGCUCAGAGGCCUUAGUAUCUGCCUUAAGGUCAUGGUUCACUUUGCUGGAAAGUUCACUUUGCGUUAGGAGCUAGUUCACACGUCUGUUUGGCCGCCACAACAUCCCUGUUCCCUUUACACAGGUACAUUCACGAUCAGUCUUCCUUACACGUGACAUUCAUGUAGAACACUUAGGUUUAGCACAACUUUGCUGGUUUGAUUAACUGAUUUGUACUCUGUCCGAGCUCAGUCCUUGUUGAUUAGUCCAGAUACAUGGUUCGAACUGCCUUUAAAUGCAGUUUGAGGCUAGUUUUGCUGUAUUUUAGAAGAAGUUUACAUCUAGAUCUUCUAUUUCAUGAACUAAAUAGCAUUUUGAUCUUUCAACACAGGAAGUUUUGGUAUAGAGUAUAAAUCUGUUAGUUUAGUAUGUGAUUCUUUGGUGUCCCUCUCUUUCUUCAGCUUUUGUGGAGCUGAUAAUUUCCAAGAAUUCAUUCUGCACCGUUGUUAUAAUCUGUGUGUGUGUUUUUGUUUGCGCGCAUGCCUUUUGCAAAAAAACAAAACGAAACAAAACGCAUUAUUCUUCCUUUCAAUCACGUAAUAUUUACCAAGGUUUUUCUUUUUAUCAAAUAAGACUACAUACUCUGUGACGUUUUUAUGCUAAAGUGUGUAUGUGUAUGUCUGUGUGAAAUAGAACAUUCUCUCCUAAACCAUCAGAGAUCCCUUUUGAAUUUGCAGCCCAUCACAUCGGAUAAGACAUGCCUGUGCUUCUCUUCAUUAUAUCUGUAUGAUCAGCUCUUUCAUAAAACCAGUAUAUCCACAUGUGAUAGUAAAUUUACUUACUCUCUCUCUAUCUCUCUCUCAUAUCAGUUUUGAAAAAAAUGUGCACUCUAAAUACUGUGACGAGCAUCUAUCUGGUGCCUUCCUCUUCUGUAGGUUUCUAGAUGGCUGAAGCCAUGCUUCUCGUAGGUCUCUGACAUCAAGGCACUAAAUUUUUGCACUUACCUUGUUUUUCAUUUGUUUUUGUACACUUAAUAAAGAAUGUGCUUGGCUCUGACAA